AUGGGGCUGCUGUCGUCAGUGGUUCCGGCGAGCGUGACCGGAGAGGACAAGGUUCAAGAGCUAACAAACAUGGACUUGGCUAUGAAGCUUCACUACCUUAGAGGACUCUACUUCUUCAAAAACGACGCCGUCCGGGGGCUUGACAUCUCUGACUUGAAGAAAUACAUGUUUCAAUGUCUAGUAUUCUAUUACCCGACCACCGGGAGGAUCCGGCGAUCCGAAAACGGCCGUCCGUUCAUCAAGUGCAACGACACCGGUGUAAGGAUAGUCGAGGCGCAAUGUAGCAAAACCGUUGAUGAGUGGAUGGACAUGAAAGAUGAUUCUCUCAACGAUCAGCUUCUUUACAGUCAUGUCCUUGGCCCUGAUUUGGGCUUCUCUCCACUUGUAUUCAUACAGGUAUGUAAUCCCUUCUCUGUCUCUCUCUCAUGCUCCCCACAAAUUAGAUUAAAAGUUGCGUGA